UAAGGCUCAUGUUGUGACAAUGUCAACUAUGUGUUUACAGUUUUGUUCUAUUUUUUCGAUUUGAUACAUGCUAGCUGUUUGACGUUCUGGCAAAACUCCAUAGUGACAUGCAGGAGCUAUGGUUUGUGAGAGCUGUCCUUGUUUCCCUGUCUGGUGAACACUCGUGGACAAAAUGCCAUUCAAGUGGCGAUUAAAGCGGACCCGAAGAUAUGAAAUUUCUUCGAAGAAUUCAUUCAUUGUUGGAGUGUACCUGUUGGAUAACAACUUUCUGGAAUGUACUUUGACGUCUGAAAGUACAGGGCAGGAAUGUUUGGAGAGUAUAGCUCAAAGGAGUGACAUUGUUGAUAUUCACUUUUUUGGACUGCGUUAUGUGACAAAAAAGCUCCAGUUCCAGUGGGUUGACCUUGACAAGCCGUUAAAGAAACAGCUUGACAAAAAUGCUGAGACGUCUCACCAUCCACCAUGUCUGUAUUUCGGCAUCAUGUUCUAUGUGCUGGGUGCUCACAAGAUACCUGACGAGAAUGCCAGGUAUCAUUAUUACCUCCAGCUGAAGAAUGAUAUCAUUGAUGGGAGAAUUCCGGCUACAGUCGAACAGGCGAUCAGACUGGCAGCUUACAGCCUUCAGGCUGAAUGUGGUGAUCAUGACUUGGAGAGUCAGACAGUAGAAUACUUCAGAGAUAAUUAUGUACUUCUUCCAAAGUCGAUGACGAAGAACGAGGUGACCCAACUGGAGCUAUUGGUGGAGGUGAUCAAUGCGUACUCCAGUCUACAGAGCUGCCACCCGGUCAAGGCCGAGAUCCAGUACAUCAAAGAGGUCCAGCUCAUGGACGGCUACGGCAUGGAGUACUACAACGCCAAGGAUAACCGUGGAAAGGAGCUGUAUUUGGGAUCCUCAUUCACAGGAAUAUUUGCUCGAUAUCUGGAUGGUCAGCCUGCUACAUUUGUCAGAUGGAAUGAAAUUGCACACUUAUCACAGAACAAGAAAAUGUUGCAGAUUGAUACGUCCAAAAGCUCAGUUCAGUAUCAAAUGGAAGAUACAGACACUGCCAAGUACUUUUGUCGGAUGGCUCACUUACAACAGAAAUUUUAUAAAUCCAGUAAAAGUAAUUUAAAUGCAAGCAUGACUGAUGUUAGUGUUGAUAAUGUUGAUGCUGAUAACACCUACAUCCAGGAUGCUCAGCAUGUUGUGCCUCCUAGGGUUGAUUCUCAGCAGGAGUUGACAAACUCCCAAACGUCUUUAGUUUAUGUCCAAGAUCAACGCUACACUCAAGAUGCACAGCAGACCAUUGCAACAGAAGAUUAUUACCGGCACUCUCAGCAAAGUUUGGACCAGGUUCCAGACAUACAGCAACAGAAUAUAGAUGGAGAGGUGAUGAUCAAUGGAGGAAUGUACCGAGUACAACAGCCAACCAUUCCAAGUGCCCAGACUGAUCCUCAGUACGCCAGUCGAUUGGCCAUGCUGCCAGCUUACAGGCCUAGCCCUGAUUACGAGUCACUGAUGAAGAUGCGAACUGCUCAGCAACCCAUUUCGAAUGAAAAUCCACAAAAUUUGAGCGAAUCUCAGAUUUACACUCAUGCUGAUGGUGGCGCCUAUAGUCAGCCAGAAAUCAGACAGGUGGAGCAAGUAUCUGACUAUCCCAGUGAGACUCAGUAUGUCAAUGCAUCUGCCAUCAGAAACUACAGCCAUUCUAUCUAUGCAAAUGUGUUUCACGAAGGACAUAACUAUUAUGGCUACAGGUCUGGGGAAAGAGCUAGCAACCUGGCAGUCCAUCCCACAUACAGUUCCCCCGAGCUGAACACUCCCAACCUUCCAGAACAGUUCUCGUCUGACAACAUCAUAACCGAAUCUCUGACCUAUCAGUACCGUCCUCCUCCUCCUUACCCUCGAACCAGCAGCAGCACGCCCGACUUGGCUGUCCAGACGGGAGGAUGUUCGGCCAGCGAAACUCCAGACCUGCUGGCUCAGCCGAUGAUGCCUAACAGUCUGGCCGCGCAGUCACGGCUUGACAAGAGCAUAGAAGACCUGUCUGAAGCCGUGCCGAGUGUUAAGCAGAUUGAAAACAUCCCGUCUGAACAGGACAGAGAUGACACGUCCAGUGAGAACUCUUAUGCAACGUUUCAUGCUAAGGAAACGGACUCCGAGUCUGAAAAUGAAACGGAGAGACUCGAGCAAAGAAGUGGAUCUGAGCGAUCAAAAAUUCAAAUUCAUCUUGUCACACCAAAGGAGGCACCACCUCCGUCUAAAUUGAAAGAAGUUGCAACACUGAGAGAGAGUUUUCGUAGAAUGAUGAUAGCAAGAUCUAGUUUUUUGAAUAGUAGCAAAAGAAAGACAAAUGUUCAGUUAACCACAGGCUUAGAUGUUACAGACUCAAAAACCACGACAGAUUCAGGUCUCUCAAAAGUUGACGAACAGACAGCUCAAAGUAAUGCAGUUUCCAAGACAUCCAAACCGUCCGAUUCUGCUUCUCUUGAUCUAAAUACUGUUGUACCAGUUGGAGUAAUGAAACCUCCACCAGCGUAUGUUCCCCAGAGUCCGGAGCCUGAUGUUAAGCUUUAUCAGCCAGCAAGUGCAAUAAUUGGGUCGGACCAGAUUUCCAUUAAGUCUGGCAGUGAUUCUGGGAGUAUUCAGUGUCUGGAUGUUUCCAAGGUCAGUGUGGAUCCAAGUGCUGUUGGUCAUCAGCUGAUGGAUUCCAUCGACUCGACCGACUCAAUCCAUGACUCACAAGAUGGCUCUGACAGUGAUGCUGCAUCAGUUGAUGAUGCAACGGUUCGUCGGAAUAUAGGUCCACUCAAGAUGGCUGCGAUGAACGGCCUUUCACUGUCCAGACCAAUGGUUCUCGCUUUAAUGAAUGAUGAAAGCAGGGCCCCAAAAGAUGAACGGAGAAAAAUAUUGGAAAGUAAAAUUUCUGAAGGCCAAGUAUUUGUGGAGUUUGAAGAGGUACCUAAACGAGCCCCAAAUCUGGAUUGCAGUGUUGCUAAAAUGUCUGCCAAUGAGUCAAGAAACCGCUUCAAAGAUAUAUUGCCGUAUGACAGUAGCAGGGUGAAGCUAACCCCCAAGAAGGAUAACUCUACAGGCUAUAUUAAUGCUUCCCAUGUCAAGUUGUCUGCUGAAAACAGUGAAUGGUGGUUCAUCGCUACACAGGCGCCAUUAGAGAACACAGUGGUUGACUUCUGGCAGAUGAUCUGGGAACAAGAAGUAGAUGUCAUUGCUAUGUUGACAGCUUUCCAGGAAGAAGGCAAGAAAAAGUGCUAUCCAUACUGGCCUUCAGAAGCAGGUACAAAAGAGUGUUUCGGAGAUUUUGAGAUUUUCCUGGAAUUCACUGAUAAUUCACUGUGCUACGUUACAAGUCGAAUCAUCGUGCGCUAUAUUCCCCAGAACAAGGAGCGAGUAAUAUGGCAUCUCCAGUACACGGACUGGCCAGACCAUGGAUGUCCAGAAGACGUUUAUGGCUUUCUUGGAUUUUUGGACGAGGUGGAGUCUGUGCGUAGACUAGCGGAAAGUGAAGAAGGCAGUGGGAAGAAGGCUCCUGUUGUUGUACACUGCAGUGCUGGGGUGGGCCGCACAGGGGUCGUUAUCUUGACAAUGGUUAUGAAGUGGUGUUUGGAACACAAUCAUAGUGUUGAUCUGCCUAAAGCUCUUGCUGGGAUUCGACAACAACGAAUGUUUAUGGUCCAGACACUGGGACAGUAUCAGUUCAUUCACAAGACUCUUAUUCAGUACCUGAAAAAUACCAGGUUGAUUUGAGAAAUCCACAAUCAGUUCACUAACCUGUUUUAUUACAGGUUGAUUUAUGCCAAAGAUUAGUGUGUCUAUCCAUAUUUUGCUCAUUCUGUGAAGUUCAAAACCGUUUAAGUAUAUAUUUUUUCUGGAAACAUUCUAUUAUAUUAGUAUAUGAUAUUCAUAGUACAUUUCAUCAAUUUGGCUAUGCAGCCAUUUAAUAUUAUCAUUACUUACUUGUUUUAUUUCAUUUUUGCCCAUUAUGGGUAAGAGAGUGAUCAUUAUUAUUUUCUUAAUAUAAAAUUGGGUUUUUUUAAACUUCAAUCUUAAUAUAAAAAAAAUACAAUAAAAUUAUUAGGUAUUAAAAUUACGUAACUUUAUAAUUAUUUAUUUAUUCAUUUAAAAUAACCUAUAGUGACAGUUGAUUCCUUUCCUCCUAACUUUGAUGGUGUACUUUGUAAAAUGAUGAAAUGUAAAGUAUCACCUCUUGGGGAAUGAACAGCUAAACACAUUUGCUGUUGUAUUAAAUACAAAUAUUGGUGUGUUCAUUUACACAGAAUGUGUCAAUGUUGUUUUCACUGCUACAUUACUUAAUAUUUCCACAGUAGUUCUUAUCUCUUACUUGCCAGUCUUCUAAAAAAACACCCCAGUCUAGUCUUACGUUAUGCAUUUUUUGUUUUGUGUGGAUAUAUUUUUUGUAUGUAAUCACAUUUAUAUUUCUAAUUUAUAAAAACAUAUUUCCUAUCCAGUAAAUUUCAUUAUUUUUCUUUAUAUGGCUGAAUGAAUAUCAGAAUUAUGAGUUUUGUAUUGGAUUGGGUCAGGGGUAUUGUAUCAAUAUUUAACCUGUGGGCCAUUAUUGUUCAUAAGACACCAGAGUCAUUUUCUUAAAUUUAACUUCUGGUAUUUUAAAGUACAUAAUUAUGAUGUUUAAAAUGUGUCAUGCAUCUUGUUUGCUAAAGUGUUAAGUUCUGUUUUAAAAACAAAGGGGUAAUGGGGGUGUGUAUAGUCCGUCCAUUCAAUCUGCAUCUGUCCAUUUUUAUUUAAAAUGUGUUAGAUGUAAUUUAAUUCAAGGUGAGCCUGAAUAACAAGUGAAAAUAGUUUGAUCAUGUAGACAUGACAGUUGGUUAAUUGCCAUAUCCUAUAAUAUGGAGAUGGAUAACGAAUCAUUUGUGCAUCUUUAUGUUUUGCUUAUACAUGUACAUGUAAUUGUAAAUUCCAUUGAUGGUGAAUUAAUGUGAAAAUAACCUCUGAUUAAACUUCCUUUCCAUUUUAAAUGCAGGUAUAUCUUUGAAAGCAGUUAGUAUGCCUUUGAUAAAUAUUUUUUAAAUUCAUGAAAAAAGAAGGGUGUUGUAUCCCAAUAUUGAAUUGUAUAUAUUUGUUAUAUAAUUAUAUACAAUAUAUACCAUUUUUUUAUGAAUAUAAUUCUAGAUAUUAUCUUAACAUUUGUAUAAAUGUUUUGUUAUUUUAUUUUGAACAAUCUCUUGUAUUAGAUAUGUAUUUUUAAUAAUGUUGACAUAUGUAAUGUUUUGACAGUACUUACUGCAAGUCUUUUGCCUCUGGUAAUUUUACAUAAUUGUUAAGGAUAAAAACGUGAUUGGAUAUUAAAAACAUUAAUCAACAACUCUUUGUGGUAUAGUGUUUGAGCCGUGGGCUUUAAAGUUGGUGGGUGCUUGCUUUACUCUCCAGUACAAGUUUAAGUCUUUUUUUCUCUGUUUAAUGACAUCACUUCAGCACCUUGGUUAAUUAAACAUUACCUAUCGGAUGUCAAACAUUUGGUAAUUUUCCCAUAUAGUCUUCUGAAAAAAAUCUGCUUCAUUUUCCCAUUAGCAGCAAGGGAUCUUUUAUAUGCACUUCCUACAAACGGGACUGUAUGGCCUUUGAUAUAUGGGACUCUUGUGACCCAUAUGGAUCUGCCAAUAGAUUAGGAUUGUUGUUUAUUGCAUCAUCAUUACUUGGGAUCAUAGGCAUACAGGCUCCCAUAUUUCUAAGGGGGUGGGGCUAUUUUUGUGUGAAUUAAAUGAAAUUGCCUGAAUCUGGAUAACAAUAUUUAUUCAUAUUUGUAUUACUACCAAACAGCAAUAUAGGGUUCCAAAUGAAUCACUAAGCAUUUUUACAUUAACUUCAAAUGUCUUAAAUAUGUCUAUGUGUGAAAGAGAUAUCAAGUAAAAUACUAAAACACUAUCAGAAAUGAAUAUAGUAAAUAAAAAACAUGUAAACAACACAAAGAAUGUUAAAACCAGUCUACCUCCUAAUCAAUGGAUCAUUAGCCUAGUUGUGCUGAAGAUAGAGGAGUAGUCAUUUAACAAAUGUUUGUUGGUACAAUUUUUUAAAUAGAUAUAUUUUAUAGUUAAAAUGAUGUAUUUUUGUAGGUAAUAUAAUUAUGUGUAUACUGCUGUACUUGAUUGAGAAAAAAAAGUAGUU